CACCGACUCACUCCCGGGCCAGCUUUCUUCCGGCAAAUUCUGCGCGCUGCAGGCACCCGACAUCCACGGCCGGGGAAAACCGUGCUGCGUCGGAAUCCACGCCGGAAGGCGCUGGGCUAGCGUCACCUAUAUAUCAUCCCGCUUACCCCACAGAUACAGCUUCGACGUCUUCCUCUUCUCCCUCCCUUCCCUCUCCCUCUUCCUACACCUAGACACUUAUCUGCGCGCCCUCACCUCUGCCGGGGAGUCUCUCCACCCCUCCUCCGCCAGAAUGAAUUGCCCCUCGCGCGUCGAUCCCGUCGUAACAGACGGCUACAACCAGAACCCAAAUGCUUUCAACGCCGAUGCGACUACGAGAGCUGAUAUGGACCAUAUGGCCAACGCCAGACUGCGAAGAGACCACCGCAUAGAUCCCGCGAACGGCUCCACGAGCGAAAUCGAACCAAGCGAACAACACAACGCUGGCGAGGAGGAUAACGGCAUCAAGCUUACGGCGCUCCAUAGCCAGGGCAACAUCGCAAUCGGAAAUGAGAAAGGCCCUGGUGCUGUUGCCGGCGCUCCCUCUGGCACGUCUCGUGAGAGUGCUGGCCGAGCGACCAACUGGCGCACGACGGGUCGUGGAUUCUCCCAGCAGGCUUUGAGAGUCCUACGCAAAUAUGCGAAGUUCAUUGGACCUGGAUUCAUGGUCGCUGUUGCGUAUAUCGAUCCUGGUAAUUACGCUACCGAUGUUGCGGCCGGUGCCUCCUUCAGGUUUAAACUUCUGUUCAUUGUGUUGAUGUCCAACAUCUUCGCCAUCUUCCUCCAGUCUCUGUGCAUCAAACUAGGCUCUGUGACGGGCAUGAACCUUGCUGAAAAUUGCAAGGCUCAUCUCCCGCCCUGGCUCAACUACGUUCUCUACUUCUUUGCGGAAUCGGCCAUCAUUGCAACGGAUAUUGCUGAGGUUAUUGGCACCGCAAUUGCCCUAAACAUCCUCCUCAAGGUGCCUCUUGUCGCCGGAUGCGCCAUCUCCAUUGUAGAUGUGCUCGUCAUCCUCAUUUUCUACCGCCCAUCGGGGACGAUGAAAGCGCUGAGGGCGUUUGAGUUCUUCGUCAUGUGCCUAGUGCUCGGCGUUGUCGUCUGCUUCUGCUUCGAGUUGAGUAGGAUCAAAGCACCGGUUGGAGAUGUCUUCCGCGGUUAUCUUCCUUCUUCUACCCUCGUAGAGUCGCAAGCAUUGUAUCAGGCAUGUGGUAUCCUCGGUGCAACGGUUAUGCCCCACAGUCUCUACCUAGGCAGUGGUAUCGUCCAGCCCCGUCUCCGCGAGUUCGACGAGGCCAACGACUCCGCCGAGCUCCUAGAAACAGAUUCGCUUAAUGACGAGGUCAAAUACAAACCUUCGUUGGCCGCUAUACAGUCAUGCAUGUCCUACAGCAUUGUCGAACUCGCGGUCUCUCUUUUCACAUUCGCCCUCUUCGUCAACAGCUCCAUCCUCAUCGUCGCUGGUGCUUCGCUGUACGGCCUUCCAGAAGCCGAUAGCGCGGACCUCUUCUCCAUCCAUGAUCUGCUCGCAAGGUCUAUCGCUCCUGUUGCUGGCACCCUGUUUGCUUUGGCAUUACUGUUAUCUGGUACAUCGGCAGGUAUUGUAUGUACUAUAAGUGGCCAGAUCGUCUCGGAAGGCCAGCUCAACUGGACCAUAAAGCCCUGGCUUCGCCGCCUCAUCACUCGCCUCAUCAGUAUCACGCCUUCGAUCAUCAUCGCCGGAGCUGUCGGUCGCGAGGGUCUUGGCAAAGCCUUGGAGGGAUCGCAGGUCGCUCUCAGCGUCAUCCUACCGUUUGUCAGCGCACCAUUGAUUUGGUUCACUUGCCGUGGAAAGUACAUGAAAGUAGCCGUCCGACGCGAUGAAGCUGCUGGUGCCAGUGUUACCACUGAAGAGGAGCAGCAGCACGUCCAAAUGAGAAAUCAUUGGCUUACGGCAGGAUUUGCGGUAGUGAUUUGGGGGGUUAUCGUGGUCAUGAAUGUGGCGCUGUUGGUUCUUGUGGGUAUGGGCGUUGCGUAAUUGCAAUGCACAAUACAGGCGUCUGUUUGUGAGCGAAGGGCUGAGGGCACACCGCUCUUGGCGAGAUAUGGAUCGGUGCAGCUGAGGUAGAUGUUGGAAGCAGCAUUCUUCUUUGGCGGGCCAGCUGGGAAGUCGGGAGAACUGAUCGGUGAUUGCGGCUGAAUGGAAAGCUAAUUCGGUAG